CCCAGACAUACGACUAUGCCUGCUCAAUCCGUGAGGAGGGUGACAUGAAUAACUUCAACAUCAAUUUCGUAUGCUCAUCAUGCACUGUCUCAAGGGGAUUUUUUUGUUUUGUUCUCGCUGGAGCAGGGUCAAACUUCUGUACGUCGUAACACGCUAUGUGCCUUUCCUUCUUUUUACUGCGCACCUGUACCUGAACUUCGUUCCAGACGAGAUUUCUGAUACAUGUCAAUUUGUCAACAACAUCUGCUCAUGUCUUAGCAUGAUAUCGAUCAUCUGCUCAGAAUGUUUCUUCAUACUCAGGACGUAUGUGCUAUGGAAUAACAAUAAGGUCGUUCUGGCAGCCAUGCUAUCGACUUUUGCAACUUUAAUUGUGGGGUCUAUUGUUGCCCUAUUUUCCGCCACUGCGAUUGCGCCAUUUGAGACCAGUUUGAUUCCAGGCAUCACAGGUUGCUAUCAAUCCUCAGGAGGUGUGAGGCUUUUUGUGCCUUAUCUUCUUUUGUUUGGAUUAGAACUGAUGCUAAUCUCCCUCACGCUCACAUGCGUCAUACAAAAGUGGCGUACAACUAACAACCGUUUGUAUGAUACUAUAUUGAAACACAAUGUGCUCUAUUACGCAUGUGGUUUGGUUUUCUCGAUGGUGAAUGUUCUGACCUCGCUGCUCCUCGACUACGCAUAUAGCGGCAUGUUCCAAGAUUUCCAAAUCAUCGUUCACGCCAUACUCGCCACUCGAAUGCACCUCCAUUUGUGGCACGUCAACCGCAGUGACGAUCCUGGUGGCUUCACUUCAAUUAUUCUCUCUGACCUGGUACCCACAACCUAUAAUGAAUCAUCCUAUGAUUAGCUUGCAAUCCUUGAGGGUGGAUUGGAAAGAAAGGAUGAUUGCGAUUGACUGCUCCAGCGGUUUUGGUCGGCUAGAUUGGAUGAUCGCUUGUGAUUGGAAACAUGGAAACCUUGUUCAAUGAUUCAUCGGGAUCGACAAAAGAUCAUGCUGUAAAUUAACUGUAGAUCGUAAGUGUAUGUAUCAUGCGGUCUGCUCC